UUCUUAGUUAAAAAAACAAGAGAAAAUAGAAGCAUAACAUAACAUAACGAAAACUAAAUCCCAAAUAACCCAAUGAAUCAUCAUCCUCUGAAUUCAACUCGCUCGCACAUGGGAAUCGAUUGAUCAACAUCGCCCAGAUCUACAACUGCCUUCGACUGGACAUCAACUAUUAUUCAUUCGGAAUCGAAGACAGUGUCAGGAGGUUUACAAUAACUCACACACGCUGCUCAACCAAUUGAGCUAGACCCUCUUGACACUUCCAGAAUUGUUUCUGUGCAGGCUCGGUCAGGCUUGCUAAAGCUAUUGAGUUUAGGGGUGAUUUCACACCAUUUGUUUUGUCCAAAACGACACCUUGUAGCUGUUUUAAGGCACACAAAUCAGAAACUUAGGUUUGCGAUUUUCUCUAGAAGCCACCGACGUCUUCAAUCAAGAGCAUCCAUAACCAGACAUGAAGUUGAAGAUGACAACCCUGUCGCAAAUUGAAUUAGAACUUUAGAAGGCAAAGUGCAACGCAAUGGGUUGAAGUUCAUCUCUCUCACGAUUUCACCCAUUUUUGUAAAAAAUAGGCUGUCUUUACCUCCAGUAACUUCAAAGUAAUCUCUGUGCCCCAGCCAUGGCUGCACCGUUUUUCUCAACGCCCUUUCAGCCUUAUGUUUAUCAGAGUCCGCAAGAUGCAAUUAUACCUUUUCAGAUUUUAGGGGGUGAAGCUCAAGUGGUUCAGAUAAUGUUGAAGCCACAAGAAAAAAUCAUUGCAAAGCCUGGUUCCAUGUGCUUUAUGUCUGGAUCCAUUGAAAUGGAAAAUGCCUACCUUCCAGAAAAUGAAGUAGGCAUAUGGCAGUGGUUAUUUGGCAAAACUAUAACUAGCAUUGUACUUUGCAAUUCUGGACCAAGCGAUGGAUUUGUUGGAAUUGCUGCACCUUAUUUUGCAAGAAUUCUUCCAAUUGAUUUGGCAAUGUUCAAUGGGGAGAUUUUGUGUCAGCCAGAUGCUUUUCUUUGCUCUGUCAAUGAUGUGAAGGUUAGCAACAUAGUUGAUCAAAGGGGACGAAAUGCUGUUGCUAGUGCUGAGGGAUUCUUGAGGCAAAAGCUAUCUGGCCAAGGGCUUGCAUUCAUAUUAGCGGGUGGAUCUGUUGUACAGAAAAAUCUUGAGAUCGGUGAAGUUCUAGCUGUUGAUGUUUCGUCCAUUGUUGCUGUGACAAGUACAGUCAAUGUCCAAAUAAAAUAUAAUGGUCCCGCAAGAAGGACAAUGUUUGGGGGUGACAAUGCUGUGACAGCUCUUCUAACAGGACCAGGCAUUGUGUUCAUACAAAGUUUACCUUUUCAUCGACUCUCUCAACGAAUUGCUAGGGCGGUGACAUCACCCAACAUGAGGGAAAAUCCAAAGUUUUUCAUACAGAUUGCAGUUUUCUUUUUUCUGGCGUAUGUUGUCAUUGUAUCUUCAUUAAUAUUAACAGAUGUAUGAAAUUCAGUUUGGUUUUUCUUUUGUAGUUUUUUACUAUUCUCUUAUCUUAAUAUUAUAAUACAGGAAUGUGGGAGAGGGGGUUGGGGGCAGAUUUCUUGUUGGCAGAUCCUUUGUGCCAAUUAAAAAUUCAUCCUAGUAAUGUCAUUAUGUCUAUCACUAAAAUAGGAUUUAUUUUAUUCUUUUAGUAGACUAGUCAAUUUGAAAACUUUGUCGUUAUGA